CCGGACUGCCAUUUAUGGCUAAAGAGAGAACACUGCCAACUCUGUUGACCCACAAUGCACCGGGGCGUUCUAAAAACCCACCACCACGGACCCCUGCGCGGCGAGAGCGUGACAUCGUUUGGCCGAGCCGUUUCUUUCCCUGUUUUUCUUCUUUUCUCUCGCUCUUUGUUCUCAGGCGACAAUCAGGGGACAUUGUGAAGAUGGCGUCGCUGACCUCCUCCAGCCGCAGGUCGUCCUCAUCCUACCGCUCCUCGUCCCGUUUCAGCACCUCCAGCUCCUUCCGCUCCGAGGGCUCGCUGGGCGGGCGGUCCGAUUCCCUGGGUCACAUUUUCGAGCCGUUUCUGGACUCGGCCGAUGGCUCCGGUGUGUUCGGGGAGGAGAGCCCCGCGGAGCCCGGCGGUCUGACCCCCUUCAGCAGGCAGAGCAGGUCCUCCUAUGGACUCGCCGCUCCCGUAGGGGGCGCUGUGACGGGGGCCGGCGUUCGAUGCUUCGGAGACACGUACUACGUGUCAGCUGACGUCGGCCAUUUUGAGCCGCACGACAUCGUCGUGAUGGCGUUCAACCACCAGGUGGUCAUCCACGGCGAGAAGGUCCUGGAUGACGGCAGCGUCAGCGACACCUUCACGCUCCGCUCUCAGCUCCCGGAGGACAUGGACCCUCUGUCGGUGGGCGGGGCCCUGCAGCCGGGCGGCUCGCUGCUGGUGAGCGUCCGGCGGGCCGCGGGGCCCGAGCCCCCGGGAGGCCCCCAGCCCCCGGGAGGCCCCGCCCACACCGGCGACGCUCGCCUUUGACCUGCGUGACUUCACGCAGCUUAUUACGUAACUUUUAUUUUAUAACCAUUAAACAUAUUAAUAUGUUUUAAUACAACUAGUAUAAUAAUAAUAAUAAUAAUAUUGUGUAUGUUUGUUGGCUGAACUGGAUCUGUGAGGAUUAUCAGCAAAUAAAUGAGGAAUAAAUAA